UAAUCGAAAAGUUAUUGAUUUCGUUCGAUGUGCAAAAUGUAUUGGAAUUUUUCAUCCGUCGUGCAUGGCUAGAGAUGGAAACAGGGGAUCAGCGGUGUGCCAACACGAAGCCAUCAGAUCCGAAGAAAUGUCAGCUCAAGGCGAUUUACGUAUGCAAAACAUACUACUGAAGCAGCAAGUAGAAUUUCUAAAAGAUAAAUUGAACGAAAUGCAUCAAAACAAUAAAACGCUUCAUGACAAUAAUAAAUUAUUGCAAAGUGUUAUCGAAAAUUUCAUCAGUAUAAAAAAUAUCGGUUCACAACAAAAAAAUAAGAACAAUGUUAACAACAGAAAAGUCGUAUCCUACGCCGACAGAGUAGCUGGUGAAGGAAAGACAGUUGAAUGUAAGAAUAACGCAGUAGUCACAGAAAAGCGCAAGGUGACACAUCCGGACGUGAGGUUAAAUAUCGAACAACAAAAGGUCAACGAAGUCAACGUGAAUGUAAACAGAGAAAUGGAACAGGAUGGAAAUGUAACUGAAGUGGAUGGAGAAAAAUGGAAACAAGUGACAUAUCAAAAGAAAAAGAUCAGAUCCUCUUAUCCUCCGAGGUCGAAAAAUGAGUUAGUCUGCGAUGGUUCAAAAAUAAAUGAUAAACAAACUACGAUUUCGGGAGCUACAAAAAAAAAAUGGCUUUAUGUAGGAAGAAUUGCUGGCGGAGACGUCACGGAGGAAGAAAUUGAAAAUUUUUUGAAAAACACUGAUGGACUAGGGAACAUAGUAGUGAAAAAACUAGAUACAAAAGGUUCUAACUCUGCAUUCAGUGUGGGUUUACCAUCAGAGGAAGUUUAUAAGACUGUAUACAGUAAGGAGUUCUGGCCAGCAGGAGUCAUCCUAAGAGAAUUCUCAUUUAAGAAUUUUUUUCCACACCGGAAGAGAUAAAUUUUAGUCAAGCCUCCUAAAGCUGAUGUUAACAUAUUUUUCGAGAAAAUAACAACCAUUCUCCAGAAAUGCUUGAAGG